UGUUUGUUAUUCAUAGGAUACUUCAGGAGUGGUCACAGUAUAGUUGGGAGUCUGCUGGAUGCUCAUCCGAAUGUCGUGGUGGCACAUGAGCUUAACGUUCUUCGUUGGCUCUCACGAUUAGAUCUACAAAAUUCAGAAGUGAAGGCUGAUCUCUUCAAUGAACUCUAUCCGAAUGUCGUGGUGGCACAUGAGCUUAACGUUCUUCGUUGGCUCUCACGAUUAGAUCUACAAAAUUCAGAAGUGAAGGCUGAUCUCUUCAAUGAACUCUAUGCAAACAGUUUCAACAAUGUGUUUAGUGAUGGAAAAAGAAGCGAUAACAAUAAAGGAUACAAUCUCACGAUAGAAAACAGUUGGCAAGGACGGUACAGAGAGCGGAUUGAUGUAAUUGGAGACAAAAAUGGUGGUGGAACGUCCAGGAUGUACAGAGAUAAUGCUAAGGACUUCAAACUUGCGUACAACCGACUGCAUCAGUUUGCUUCCAUCCUAAUACGUUUCAUUCACUGCGUACGUAAUCCAUUUGACGUCAUCUCUACAAUGGUGCUUUACAGAAUACAGAGCACAAGAAUUCAAAAAGACUUGGUCCCCAUUUCCAGAAAGUCACGUCAUGUAUACAAAGACGUCCAACAACUUUCAUCAGCUGCAGACCUUUUUUUCUCUUUAGCUGAUUCUGUUGCUAACAUUUCUCAGUCAAUAACUUCUGGAAAUCGGCUUUUGGAAAUUCACAACCAUGAGUUGGUAUCUCAUCCUGAAGAUAGGGUCUUCAAGUUGUGCCAAUUUCUGAACAUUGAUUGCCCAAGAGAUUAUCUAAAAUUGUGUGCAGCAAAAGUGUUUCCGAAAAUAUCAAGAUCAAGAUUUACUAUGGACUGGCCGGAAGAGAUGAAGAAAAUGGUGCAGAGCCGUCUUGAACUGUAUCCCUUUUUUAAGGGUUAUUCAUUUGAAAGUUUAAUGUAAUACCUUAACGUAACUGCACAUAAUUAUAGCUACGUAUAGAUCUAUA